CCUUUAACUUCCUGUGAAUCAUGAGUGGGACAUUGACAAGUGUCUCCGAGGACAUGGACCGACAGAUCGUUCAGGCGGUGUGCGAUGAGGACACCAUGUCUUCCACCUCAGUGGGGAUGUCCGACCUGAGUGAUGAGAUCCUGCUGUGCAUCCUCCGCCACGUGACUGUGUGCGACCUGCUGCUGAACGUGGCAAACGUCUGCCACAAGCUCCAGAUGCUGUGCCACGAUAAGUCCCUGCUCACACACGUCAGCCUGUCUGAGGAGUAUCUGGCUGAUGAUCAUUUGGUUCGGCAAAUACUGAAGCAGCUGGCCAAUCACGUCCAGUCCCUGAGCCUGAACGGCUGCUACUGGCUGUCCGGCUCCACCCUGGAUCAGCUCGCCCGCUGCAGGGCAGUGACGCACCUCGAUGUCACCGGCUGCCGCCUCACCUCCGUUCGCCUGUCCCGCCUCCUCUCCUCCCUCUCUUCGCUCAGAUCGCUGGCCUUCGACGUGACGGCCGGUUUCAACUCGGCUCAGCUCAGCUCCGAGGCCGUGGGUUCGCUGAGCCGCCUGUCGGAGCUCAGGCAGACGCUGUUGACUCCCAGUUACGGCGUGGUGCCGUGCUGCGCCCAGCUCCGCAAGCUGAUGCUGCAGUUUGACAUCUCGGACGUGACCAGGGAGGGCGUCGGCGUUUGCUGCCAGUUGAUGGUUGGUCAGAGCAGUGUGCCGCACUACCAGCAGCUGGAGGAGUUCACUGCACGUCUGGCUCCAGGAGAGGUGAACCAGACCUUGCUCCUCCUCUACCUGGCAGUGUUCAGCGUCCACGUCCCAAAGCGUCUCAGAGUUUUCCUGGUCUCGAUUCCCGGCCCGAACCCGGCUCACUGGCCCGCUGCCCCCUCACUGGCCCAGAGUCUGGGUCAGCGAGGGGAGCUGGAGGCCCUGCAGCUCCCCCGCUCCUGGCUGGACUCCCUGUCUCUGAAGAGAGCGCUGGAAGGAAACAGCCCCAAGCACCUCAGCUUCAGCCGCUGCCCGUCUCUGUGGCCCCAGGUGUUCCAGUCGCUGCUGGAGGGCGGAGUCCGAGACGCCAAGCAGCUCACCAGCCUGAACCUCAGCGGGAUCAACCAGGUGCUGUACUCCGAGUGCAGGAAUGUCGACGAUCACCUGGUGCCUGGGACAAUGAGCCGGCUGGCGGUCGGCUGCUCAAACAUUAAACAACUGAACCUGAUGCACACACACUACCAUCACGAACACACACCCGCGCCGGCUGGGGAAACACACCUGUGCGGCAGCUUGGCCAAAUUCCGACACCUGCGCUCUCUCACUCUGCCGGCCUGCGCUCUGUCGGACGGCUUGAACUCCCAUCACAUCUCGGCGAACAACACGUCUCCCUCUCCGUUGUUCCUGGGGCUCAAGAAGGUUCCUCGUGUGGGGAUCCAGAACCACAAGCCUGACACAGAGUCGUCCCUGUCGGGGGACACCACCUCAGGGCUGGCUCAGCUCCUGGCCGGCUGCCCUUUUUUAGAGACCUUAGAGCUCAUCGGCCCGGGGUUUGUCUCCACGCUGCCUCGGCUGGAGCCCUGCGCCCGGGCCAGCGUGGAGCCCCGGGGCAUGUGUGCGUGGGCUCGAGGAGUCGGCGACGCCCAUCUAGCUGCACUGGAAGCUCUGCAUCGAUUGCGUCGCCUGACUCUCGCCGGGCUCCCUGGGGUCCUGCGGGGGACGGGGUUGGUCCAGCUCGUCAAGCAGUGCAAAGAACUGCAGGUUUUAUCCCUCGCCAACAUGGGAUCAUUGAAAACCAUGAACUACACCCCCGCCUUGCUAGACACUCUUAAACACUGCUCACAGCUGCAGGAACUCAGGUUAGAGCAGCCGCACCUGAACGCCAACGCGUCCUUCUUCGAGGCGCUGUCCUCCUGCUCUCGUCUGCGGCGCCUCUGCCUUAUCUCGCGCAGCGGCACCUUUGACCCGUCAGCCACAGAAACCUUCAUGGAGCGAUGCUCUCACGUCGUCAUGUGUCACAUGUUCAUGGGCGGCACCUUGGUGGCUUGUCGCACGCUGCAGAAAGUGCUGCUGGAGAGAUUCUCCGCCGAGCGCUCGGCACUGAGCGUGGUCAUCUAUCCUCUACAACAUGAAGACCUGUCUUCAGUCAUCAGAGACAUCCCACUGACGCUGCUGGACCGAAUCACGCUGUUUCAGAGCCACGUGGCCCAACCACCGCAUCUAUCACCUCUGUGACCUCAGCAGAAAGCUCCACUGUGAUUGGUGCUCAACAGCUGAAGGUGUUCAGACUGAUUUUGUUUUUUGUUUUCGGUAGGAAUAUAAAUUAACAAAUGGAAGUGAGUGUUUGUCAUCUGUACCGUUAUCAAUGCUUGUUUACAUUUACUCAGUAAUGAUGGUUUUUAAAGGGAAACUUAAUUCAAAAGUCAGGGUCGACUCAGAUCGACGCUCUGGAGCUGGGAGGGAUUUUAAAUCCCUCGUCCAACAACUGUUCACACUUGAUGCCACAAGGGCCUCAACUCUGGCUCCUUAGUUAAAAAUCAUCCCUGCUAUUUUGAAGGCAAAUGUCAAAAAUAUAACUCAAGUGAUGUAAUUGUUCUGAAACUUUAAUGUUGUAAUAAACCUCCAUAUUAACGCAUUUUCAA